GUCUCGAUCCUUCUCUUGUGAUCCAAAUUGUUUCGCCUCAAUGGCUUGAUCAGCAAAAAAAUAGAAACCCCUGGCCCCGCUGAUUGGCCCUGACGCAUUCCUCUGUACCAUAGACUUACAUGUGUCGCAGUUGUGGUUGGUCAGACGUAGCAGCGCGAGCGCGCAACACGCGUCUUCCGAAACCAAGUCGAACGUACAAGAUACGCUCGUGCCGAUACGGACAUCUUGUUUGUGUGGUCUUCUUGACGUUGAGCUUCCAAUUGGUUCUGUCUCAGCUUUGCCAGAGGCGGAUUCCAAGGACUUUGGCCACCCAAAGCGUGGACCACCACCGUCUAAGCUUCGAGGGAUUCAGUGCGAACAGUCACGGUCCAUUGCACCACCCUCACCUCUUAAUCAUUUCAACAACUGUUCGAAGCCAUGUCGACUCAAAGAGAGUAUCACAUUGUGGUUCUCGGCUCAGGGGGCGUUGGAAAGAGUUGUUUGACAGCUCAAUUUGUUCAGAACGUUUGGAUAGAAAGUUAUGAUCCUACCAUCGAGGAUUCGUAUAGGAAGAAUAUUGAAGUUGAUGGUCGAUCCGUUAUACUGGAAAUUCUUGAUACGGCCGGCACAGAACAAUUCACUGCAAUGAGAGAACUCUACAUGAAGACCGGCCAAGGUUUUCUGCUUGUCUUUAGCAUAACGUCAAUGUCUUCUUUGUACGAACUCACAGAGCUCCGCGAACAGAUUCGACGAAUUAAAGAGGACGACAAUGUACCCAUGGUCCUUGUUGGCAACAAAUCAGACCUUGAAGAAGACCGCGCCGUGCCUCGACCUCGAGCUUUCAAGAUCUCUCAAGAUUGGGGAAACGUGCCUUAUUACGAGGCCAGCGCCCGGCGAAGAGCAAACGUCGACGAAGUCUUCGUUGACUUGUGCAGGCAGAUCAUGCACAAAGACCAGAGAGAAUACCGCGCACCAGAGAGAGGGGGACGAAGACGAACAGAACCACGACAUAGAAGUGGACGGGGUGGGCGACAGAAGCACAGAACGUGUACGAUCCUUUAGUUGGCAGAUGUUUGCACGAUUUGUGAUGUCUUGUACGUGGGUUACAACCUUGCAGGACAGGGUACGAUCCCCAUUUCUUCUGCAUCGACCUAUUCGAUUCACAACGGUCUUUUUCGAUACUCCUUUUAACUAUAGAGGUAUUAGAGGCAUGUCAUCAUUCGCCACCAGGGAGCUAUUACUAUUCUCCUUUUUUGUCCCUUUGCCAGGUUCAUAUCAAAUGCAAUUCAGUUCUCAUAC